AUGGAUACAGAGAAGGAAAUACGUCUUAAGAGACAACUUGGAUAUUUCUGGGGAACAAAUUUUUUAAUUAUUAAUAUAAUUGGCGCAGGAAUAUUUGUGUCCCCCAAGGGAGUGCUCGAGUACUCGUCCAUGAAUGUGGGAGUCUCCUUGUGUGUUUGGGCUGUCUGUGCGGUGCUGACCACGACCAGUGCUCUCUGCUCUGCAGAGAUAGGUAUAACCUUCCCAUACAGUGGGGCUCACUAUUACUUUUUAAAGAGAUGCUUCGGUCCUCUUGUGGCAUUCCUGAGACUUUGGACUUCCCUGUUUCUCGGCCCAGGCAUACUUGCAAGCCAAGCUCUGCUCCUCGCUGAGUAUGGGAUUCAGCCUUUCUAUGCCAGCUGCUCUGCCCCGACUCUACCAAAAAAGUGUCUGGCCCUGGCGGUGCUGUGGAUUGUGGGAAUUCUGAAUUCUCGUGGUGUGAAAGAGCUGUCAUGGCUUCAGGCAGUGAGCACAAUGCUGAAGAUCGGUCUACUCGGCAUCAUUUCCCUCGGUGGCUUGUUCUUGCUGGUGAGAGGGAGGAAGGAGAACGUGCUAAGGCUUCAGAAUGCUUUUGAUGCCGAGUUCCCAGAGAUCUCUCGGUUAAUAGAAGCUGUCUUCCAAGGAUACUUUGCGUUUUCUGGUGGAGGAUCCUUUACAUACGUAGCAGGGGAGCUUAAGAAACCCAGCAAAACAAUUCCUAGAUGCAUAUUUACAGCGCUGCCUCUGGUGACUGUGGUGUACUUACUUGCUAAUAUCUCCUACCUGACAGUUCUGACACCCCGGGAAAUUCUCUCUUCAGACGCUGUGGCUAUAACAUGGACAGACAGGGUCAUUCCCCAGUUAACAUGGGCUGUUCCUUUUGCUAUUUCUGCCUCACUGUUCAGCAACCUUCUGAUUAAUGUACUUGAGUCAGCAAGAGUGUCAUAUAUUGCAAGCGAGAACGGCCAGCUGCCCAUGUUGUUUAGUACCCUGAAUGUCCACUCCUCUCCCGUUAUAGCUGUGCUGCUAAAUGUCAGUAUGGGAUCCAUUGCAAUUGUCUUAACAAGCCUAAUUGAACUGAUAAACUAUCUCUAUUUUGUUGUUUCCAUUUGGACUCUCUUAACAGUAACAGGAAUCUUGAAACUGAGGUACCAGGAGCCUAAUCUACACAGACCGUAUAAGGUGUUUUUACCCUUCACAUUCAUAACAACGGGCAUCAGCCUGAGCUUGGUUUUGAUUCCACUUGUCAAGUCUCCAAAAAUGCAUUAUAUCUAUGUGUUUCUCUUCAUUUUGAGCGGACUGCUGUUUUAUGUGCCAUUGAUACACUUGAAAUGGAAGAUGGUUUGGUUUCAGAAGUUGACUUGCUAUGUGCAGUUACUGUUUAAUAUUUGCAUCCCUGAUGUGUCUGAUGAGCACAUACAUGAAGAAAGUUGA